GAGCUGGGCUGGGCGCGAGAGGGGCGGGGCCGGAGUCCCAGAGCGAGAGAGAGAGAGAGCGAGAACAGGAAGAGCCGCUCAUACAGCCCGGAGUUUGCCUUGGUGGCUGGAGAGGGAGCAGCCAUGGCUCCGGAGCAGAGGAUGCCCUUCCUCUUCCUCCUCGUUGCAGCCGGGUUGAUCCUAGUCCAAGGCGCAGGUGCCUUUGAGAUCAACCUUUUUCGUAUUUACAAUGUAACAAUUCGGAUAAAACCUGCAUCUCCAGUUCUUAAAACCUGUCCCAUUCGUACAGGUGGAAAGUCAUAUUAUUCUGAACAAAAAAUAAAUCCAGGAGAGCGGCCUGAUUUUACUUUCGAAUGUUCAACUCCGGAGAGGCAUUGGGUCUUGGUGGUGGAGAAGAACAUUGAUUGUAUGUCAGGACAAUGCCCUUUUGGUGAUGUUCUGCUUCAACCUUUUGGAUUACCAAGUCUUAACAGGACCUUUGUUUGGGACGUUAAAGUUGAUCAGCUCAGUGGUAUUGAACUGAAGUUUUCCCCAUCAAUAAAACAAAUUCCACCCGGAGACACUUGCUCAGAUCAAGUCCUUUAUAACAUUGGCAGCCGUCUGGAUAGGAACAGAGUCAACAUUGGAAACUUCUGCAGAAAUGGUUCGGUGUCCCGGGUGAAGGUGCAGGGGGGCGUCAUCUUGACUUUGCAGAUUCCUUGGAAUUCGAAAGUCAACACUUCUGGCUUUAAACUGGAAAACAGAUCUUCUAUACAAAGAUUAUGCAUUAUUGAAUCCAUGUUUCAAAAUGAAUCAUCUACCACCCUGAUGUCUGCCAACUAUCCACUGGGGUUUCCAGAAGAUGAACUCAUGACAUGGCAAUUUGUCAUUCCACCCAAUUUAAGAGCCAGUGUCUUCAUAAAAGACUAUAUCAAACCAAACUGUGCACGGAAAUUUGUGAAGCUGGAAUUAUAUUCUGGCCGCGAGAAAGGAUUUGCACUGGACAAGGGGCAAAGUGUCAACGUUCCUGGUAGUUUCGAACUUUCUCUGCAGGGUUGUGACCAAAUUGAUGAAAAUCCAGGAGUCCUCAGUGUGCUUUUUGAUGUUACUGCCCAUUAUCCUAAAAAUGAAGAGAAUGUAACCUUUAUCCUUGACCUAAGGAAAGAAAAGAACAUGAAUCUUACGAUUUAUUCUAAGCCGACAAGGCCUGAAUCAUUUCUGAAACAUGAACAAGGAUGCUUGAUCUGUAUUGAUUCCAGCAAAGACUGUAAGCCCAAUGUGACUUUAGAAUCCGCCUACAAAUACUCAGUCAUCUUUAUGUGCCGAAAUCUGGAGAAUAUAAGGAUUAUAGCUGAGAAAUCUAUAGUUUGUUGGAAUGCAAGAACCUGCCACAAGGACUUCUCUCUGGUUGUACCCCAGUCUCUUACUCAACUGCCAAUCCUAGUAGAGAAAUUUAUAUGGAAACUUCGGGCUCCAAAAGGGCUCAACCUAGAAAUUAGAUCUCCAAUCCUGAAACUGAAACAACAUAUUCCACAGAAGAACCAGCUGUGUCGUGGAAGUUAUAGUUAUGUCAUUAAUGGUACCACCCCAGGAAGAAUAAUGAACUUUGGCCACUUUUGUCCUGGGGGAGCUAUUGAAAAAAUUGUGACUGCAGACAAUGUCACCAUUACUCUUAAGACAUAUGGGAAUGAGUGGUUUACUGAGUCCCAGAAACAGGAUCUUCACCUGUCCUUUGUUCCAUGUAUAACUGAAGACUGUAUUUUCAGUUUGACUCCAGAUCCAAAAGCCAAAGUGUAUCUAGAGACCCCUGACUGGUUGGGAGGCUUUCCUGCUCAUAAAUCAGUGUAUUGGAACAUAAGUGUCCCACGAAAACGAGUUGGACAGCUAAAUUUCUUAAGUGAAUGGAUGGGUGUAACUUGUGAAGAAAACCGGGCUCAUAUCUAUAUUAGAGAACACAAUCCGGGGGCAAAGGAAAUGGUGUGUCGUGAUGAUGAGAAAUUGCCAAGAACUUUAGAAAUGCAUGACCACUUCUGGGUAAACAUCACUAACUGUAAACCAGCUGCUGGGAAGCUGCUGAGUAUGCAUUUCAUGGUGACACUUGUUGAGAAAAACUCAGCUCUGCCGAUCAUAAUUGGUGCAGUGGUUGCUGUGAUAGCAGUCCUAGCUGUUAUUGGGCUUAUCAUAUUCUGCAAGAAGAAGAAAAAGAAUGAGAAAAAGGAAGGGCCAACCCCAAUGGUAGGAGUAUAUAAUACCAAUGUCAACACCCAAUUACCCGUGCGAAAGGGACUGUUCAAGAAGGAUCGGAAAAACAACGAGUCUCAUAUCUAUGCUGUCAUUGACGAAGCCAUGGUCUAUGGGCACCUUCUGGAUACAUCUACAAUACCAGAAACUGCUGAGGUUGGGGUGUACCAGCCCUUUUCUGGGCCCAUGAGCAUCCAUCCACCAUCCCCACCUCCACUGAGGAAGGCAUCCAAAGAGCCCAAUAUGGAGGAGUCUUCAUUCAUGUUAAUGACUGACAAUGAGAAUUAUACUUUUACACACCGUUCAUCCAGGGAACCUCAGAGCAAUGGCAAUGUGAAUGUCAGUGGAAAUGUGGGCAGCAAGCCCUUGCUUGAAGACAAUGGACAGGAAAAUUCUGCAUUAUAACCUCUAUGCCAAUGACUUCUCAGGUUCAAAGAAGCAAUCCAGUCUUGACAAAUGACUGUGCGUGUGGUGUGUUUAAAAGGAGAACACCGCUGAAACCAAUAUGUUCUUCUUUUUUUUUGGCUGCAUUUUUUCAAUUUGUUUCAAUGAACUUCCAAAGCAGAAAUUGCCUUAGCAUGUUCCAUAGGGAUGUGUAUUUUGAAUAUGGAAAGUAAUGGCAAAAAUGCAUUUUCAGUCUUUGAUGAAGAACAGACUUCUUUUAAAAAGUAAAGACGGGAGACCAGGUAUUGGAUAUUAAAAUGGAAUUACAGAUCAACACUAUCAAAACACUGGUUGAUUCCUUAUCUGUCUUGGCAAGGAUGGAGCGGAAGGUUGUAACACAAUGAAUACUUGUGCCAAAAAAUUGUAUCCGAAGGACAGCUCUCCUAUCUGGAGCUCUGUCAAAAGAAUGUUAGUUGUAUUAUUUAUGGAUUUUUUAUUUUGUAGUUUGUGUCCAAGGGUUGUACUCACUAUUGAGUUAGACAUCUGCACAAUUAAGCAGCAGUUUGUAAGGAGAAAUUCUCUUUAUUUACUUUCUGUCGGUUGUGCAGUAUAUGUACAAUAAAGGACAUUCCAUUUUUAUAUUUCCUGCUACUUUUAUAUGGAAAGAAUGUUGUGAAUUUUUAUUGGUUAUUCUCAGUGGUGCUUUUAAAAAAUGUUGGGAUAAUGCCAAGGAUGUCAUGCAAAGAAAUAUAUUAUCCCAGCAUUAAAACUCAUCCGUAUAAGAAAUGGGUUGCCUUAUGUUUGAUUGUCAACCUAUAGUGACAUCUUAGUAUCACAAUGUGUUUUAACUGCAGAAAAAACUCUCAGUGCCUUAUGAAAUUCAAUUCCACAAUCCUCAGUGAAUAUCCAGAUGAUAUUUGAUUCGACUUUCCAUCAGCCCAGCCUAAGGCAAAGGAUGAUGGGUGUAGUAGUUUCUUAGCCGUUCUCUGAUUUCCCACAAAUUACAUGGUAAAAAUAACGUAAAUUAAGUUCUUUCCUUUAGGUACAGAAACACAGUUCAAGAAAGCAACAAUUCUGUUUGCACGGGUAAUGCAGAUAUAUAACAAUCAGCCAAAAUCAGUACAAAUCAGUCUCUGUAUUCAAGUCCUGCAUUUUAAGUUAUAUGUGUCAUCAAUGCCUAUUGCCUCCCAUGUCAGUGAGGCAAUGAAUCCAUUCCAGGCUUUGGCUAGCUUUAAAAGAACUAUCCAAGGUGCUGAAACUAUGAGUUAAAACCUGCAGUACGUUGACUGCCUGACUGACAUGGUAGCUAUCAGGAUAUGAUGGUAUAUGUUUUAUUUUGCAAUAAACCCCAUUUGAAGGGGUUAUUAUGAAUAAAACUCUGGCAUAAUGAUAACAUGAUUGAAUAUAAAUGAGAAAAGAAUGGAAAGACUGGAUUUUUAUUAGCCUUUCUUGCUUUUGAUUGUGAAGAGAUAUACUUGGCAACUGUCAUGCAAAUGUUUCACUCAAAAAUAUUGAGCAUCUUCUAUUUUCCCUGGGGCUUUCUGGAGGCUUCUUGGAAUCAGCAUUUCUUAAUUGUACUUCACCAUAUAACAGUUGCCUAAGAAUUCCUUGCAUAACUUCAGCAGCUCUUAAGCAAGGGAUCAGUAUCAGUAGCACAGUGUGCCGGUGUGGUUUUUACAAGCAGAAUUAGUGGUUAGAAUGCAAAUACGUUAGGUGAUACUUCACUGUAUAUGUGGUAGGGAUACAAAUCCACUUCAUUUACAGAUGCAUUCCUCUCCAUGCUGUCUUGACCUUGAAAACUCAGGGAAAUUUCAGGAGUCCCUCUGGACAGCAAUGAGCAGGCAAAAUAAAAUAGAGCAAUGCUAAGGUACACAAUACUUUUACAGCAGUGGUUCUCAACCUGGGUUCUCCAGAUGUUUUUGGCCUUCAACUCCCAGAAAUCCUUACAGCUGGUAAACUGUCUGGAAUUUCUGAGAGUUGUAGGCCAAAACCAUCUGGGGAUCCCUGGUUGAGAGCCAUUGAUUUACAGCUAUAUAUAUUGCCUGAUCCAAUUAUUAUAGACCUCCUGAUUUAUAAAUAUAUAAUUUUGAUGCUAUUACAAAGGUUUAUACUAUUUACAUUAAUAUUUCAAAGGAUGGAUUUGUAUGAAAUGAAUGUUCCAAGGACUCCUUAUCAAUACUGUCGGUGGAUAUUAUGAGAGUUAUAGUCCUUAAAAUACAUUUCUGAGCUCUGAUAUUACUUCUGCUCCAUGCGGUUGGCUCUCUUCAGUUUAAAUGUAGAAUUAGAUUUGGAUGGGAUACAAUUGAGUACAGUCUCUUACGAUUCCAUUGCAAAAUCUUUGUUGGGAUUCGCAUUUCGGCUUGGCAAUAAUAAACCCUUGUGGCAGCCCAUGUGGGUACAUUUUCGUCUCCACUAUCCAAUGUGGAGAUAGGGGGUAAGCACUCUGAAUACUUCUGUUGAAGUUUAGACUAAAACACAGAGUGCAUUUCCAGUUCAACUGUCCUGGGAAAAUCAAAGGAGCUAUUUGUAAACAUUAGACUACUGUAUGAAUCUGAGCUGACUGGGAUAUUCUUGCUUCGGAUACCCUCAAAAAGUAAAACAGUGGAAGUCAUUCAGUUCCAUUAAACAUCUAUGUGCGGAUUGUGAAAUUUGUAGCAGAAAAUUAUAGCCGUGUUUUUGAAAGUAUAAAUCGACUUUAAAACAUUCUCUUUCUGGAAUUGUAUGGAAAAUCAUUUCCUGGCAACACCACCAUUUCCCCAAUGAAUGUUGUUUCUCAGCAACAAGACUAACACUGCCUUUUGGCUAAUAGGGUUGCUCCUGUAACUUUCAUCCACGCAGAACAUUAUGCAAUACAUUCAAAUUGCUGGAUUGUAAUCUUUGUUAAUUAUUCCUAUCUAAUGUCUUAUCUGGUUAUUUUCUAGUCUAACAUUUUCUGUUCUGUUCUCAUAAUUUAUUCAGUGUAUAUAUUUCUUUUUCAUCUUCUUUUUUUAAAAAAAAAUGUAUAAAGUAUUGCCUUAAUGUAGAGAUGUCUGUUGUAAAUAUUGGUGACACUUCUGUGUGGAAUUGAAAUCCCUAAUGCAGUUGAAUAAGACUGUACAUUUCUUAAGUUCCUCUGACAUUAAGUGUUUUAUUUAAUUUGCAUUUUCUGGGUACAAUGGAAAGGUACGUCUUGAUGCAAAAUAUAGUUGAUGUAUGUGUUUUUUAAUGAAAUAAAUGAUACUUACAGUCACAA